CGACUUCAAGACAUUUCUUUAUGCUAAAUAAUUUUUCAAAAUUUUCGAAUUUUUGUUUGGAAGAUUAAAAGGUUAUCUUUCAGAACGUCAACGUGAUGGUGUUUGUUGGACUUGGAUUCCUGGCUACCUUCCUCAAGAGGUACAGCUACAGUGGCAUCACAUUCAACCUCUUGCUGGGUGCCAUUGUGAUCCAAUGGGCGGUAUUAACCAAUGGGUGGAUUCUAAAUUUUAAAGAUGGCAUUAUUAAACUUAAUCUUAUGCUAUUAGUAAAAGCCGAAUUUGCGGCGGCCACCGUUUUAGUAUCUUUUGGUGCGGUUCUGGGAAAAUUAAAUCCAUUACAAUUGGUGGUGAUGGCGAUAAUUGAGGUGCUUGUGUAUCAAGUGAAUGAACUGAUCUGCCUGCAAUUGUUUCAAAUGAUGAUAAAGAUGAGUAAUGCAUUUAAACUAGCCAACCUAGAGAAGCAGGGUUGUGUUCAUGCAUAUUAA